UCACAUUUGAAUUACUUGUGGUUGAAUCAAAGUCAGUAAUUUAAUUAUGGUCUACUUGAAAACUACAUUAAUCACUACGGUGUUGGCUUUUUUAAUUGUCAAGAGUUCUGCUGAAGAAGCGGAAAAAGUAAAAAUUAAAGUUACUUGUACGUUACCAAAUGUAACAGUAAAAUAUACUCCGGACUCAAAUUUAUCUGGUAAAUUUUAUUUCGAAAAGAGCACAAACCCAGAAUGUGCGAAAGAAUUUUCAAAUGGAACGGAAGAAGUUUUAAUAACUGAUUUCAAAACUUGUGUGACAGAUGAAAGUAAAAACUUUAGUAUUAUUGUAGAAUAUGUUGAUGAAUCCAACGUAACUAAAAGAUCACGUGGAAAUGGUACCUGUCAGUUGAAACGAAUUGAAAAUCUGGUCUUUCAUAAAGGCUUGAUAAUAAAAGCAUCGGUUACUGAAGAUAACCAGACGGUAAUUGAAGAAGAGAUUGAAAUGAUUCCUAUUGAAGUGACAAGUGAGUCAGGGCUGCAGGGAGAUUUGAAAAUAAUCGGCACUGAAGAGAAAGAAGUUGAAGAAGUUUCCAUGGGAGAAAAAGUUAAAUUAGAAAUUUCGAUAUCAGGAGCUCCGGAAGCAUUGGCUGAGUAUAAGAAAAUGAUUGUCGAAUCGUGUGUCAUUAGUUCAGCUUCAAAUGAUUCUGCGAAAAUUGAAAUUAAUUACGGAUGUGACUCGACUUCUGCUGAUAUUCCAAAGUGGACUCAGGAAAAUAACAAAUUUAUGUCUGAGUACACAGCGAAGCCGUUUGGUGAUGACAGAAAUAUUACUAUUGAUUGCUCAAUAAAAGCUUGCAUUGAUCCAGAAGACUGUCCAGAACCUGAAUGUCCCAAAGCUGAGACACGAAAACGUCGAGAUGUGAAUGAUGAUCUACUUAUCGAUGAUUAUUAUCUAGAUGACAGUAAAUUUGAAAAAAUUAACGUUAAUUCAGUAGCUUUAAAAAUUUCUGGAAAUUUAAAAAAAUAAUUACAUUAAUUACGGGAAUGAAUAUCAUUAAUAUUAUUAAGACAUUAAAUAUUUCAGUACAUUGUAUUGAAUAAAAAUAAAUAUUUACUUAUAACAUAAA